AUGUGUUCAGCUCCUUCCGGGACGUCUUUUAAUCCACCAGCAGCAUCGAAGCAGACCGUAGCUCAGACGCAUUACACGGAACGUGGAAACUGUGCCAAGGCAGCGUGCAGCGGUGCCCCUUUACGCACGGAUGGUCUGAUCGUACCUAUCGAAAGUGGUCUUGCUAUGGUGUGGCAGCUUCGUGAGAGGUUGGAUGGAGCGAGUCGAUUCACGGACAGCGCGGAACUGUUUCAGCAGCCGGCGUCAAGACAGGAGGGCUCUGUAGUCAUCCCUUUGGCUACCCUCGGUGACAGGAGAGGGCCACCAAACUGCCAGCGAGCAUAA